AUGCCUGUCCAAGUUCCCUGGUCGAGACUGAUACGUUUUAUCGCAUCAGACGAGCAGAUCUACUAUGGCGAUGUUAUUACCGACGACCCCAAUUUUGACGUUGGGGUCGCGGCGAUGAAUACAGCGGCAUCUCCAGUUCGUGCCAAAAUUGUUGUCGGCUGGCCCUUCAGUGAGAACUGCGAGGUCACGGAGCGAGUCGAAACAGUGAAAAAGCUCCUAGGACCCUUCAGCAGGCAGGAUGCGCCGGUGAUCCGUUGCAUCGGUGGGAACUACGCAGAACACCUGGACGAACUCAACUACAAACGGCCACAACAUCCGAUCAUGUUUCCCAAAACCCCGAAUGCCGUGGCGGGCUACGGCGACGACGUGGUGAUUCCGAAGAUUGCGCAGGACGAUCAAGCCGACUACGAAAUCGAGUUGGCCGUGAUCAUGGGUAAGGACGCGCUCAACGUGACAGCCGAGGAAGCCUACGACUAUGUGGUCGGCUACACGGUCUCGAAUGAUAUGUCGACACGGUCAUGGCAACUUGAUCCCGCACUUGCCGGCGCACAACCACAGAUGAGCUUCUCGAAAAGCUUUGAUGGAUUCUUGCCGUUGGGGCCUUGCAUCGUCAGCGCAGAGUCCAUCAAAGAUCCUCAAUCCCUGAGUCUCCUGACCCGCAUCAACGGCCACGUCCGCCAGAAAAGCACCACCAAGAACAUGAUCUUCUCCGUCCCCGAGAUCAUCCAGCACUGUAGCCAGGGCACGACUUUGCAGGCAGGAAGCAUACUCACGACGGGGACUCCGUCGGGCGUGGGAUACCGCAUGGACCCGCCGCAGUACCUCCAGCAUGGCGAUCGCGUGGAAAUGACCAUCGGAAAAAUCGGGACCCUGGUGCAUGGUAUUGUCUAUGCCUAG